GGCGCAUCGCCUUAUCACCCCCCAGUUGCGCGCCAUCCUCCCGCGAGCGUUUCUCUCCACAGGGAAAAGAACCACUUGUGGAGUUGCCCCUGCCGCGUCGUCGCUGUUUUGUUUUCCCUGAGCGGGUCGUUCCUCGUUCGUUUGGAAAAUUGCAGAUCGGUUCGCUAGCCUGUAUGCUAGCCCGUUUGCCAAAUCAGUUGUGUGUUUUUCUUCUUUUUGGCCGCUUCCCCCUUGAUGAGGCGCCCUCCCAUGGGAAUGCCCCUUCCCCGCAAAGAUGGAGAGCCGCAUGCAAAACGUCAAGCUGGUGAAGCCCGUGGUGGUUGGCACCUACGCGUUCUUACUCUCCCAGCAGGAGAAGCGAAAAUUUGGAAACAUGACGCACAAGUGGACCUGCCUGCUGCGCUGCCCCAACUGCUCGGACCUCUCGCUCUUCGUCCAGAAGGUCGUUUUUGAGUUGGACCCCUCCUUCAUUUACCCCAAGCGAGUUUACACGCAGCCCCCCUACGAGGUGAACGAAAUCGGGUGGGGAGAAUUCUACCUGACGGUGAAGAUCUACUUCGCCGAUGUGUCCCUGGCGCCCGUGAGCAUCGUGCACUUUGUGAAGCUAAACACAGAUGCGGGGUCGGCCUGCCCCCCCUGCGUGGUCAACGAGACGUACGAAGAGAUCAUCUUCCGAAACCCCACGGUCAGCCUGUAUAACAAGAUAAUCCAGAGCAACAGCAGCAAGACGGCCCCCCACAAGUUUCACGAGCACUUCCUGAGCUACGACUUCCAGGAGGAGACCUACACGAGGAAGUACCUCCAGUUCCAGUCCAAAGUGCAGGAGGAAAUCUGCGAGCUGAUGACGGAGGCGACGGAGCUGUCGAAGGAGAUAAACGAAACGCAGCAAAAAUACUUCGCAUUGAAAGCCGAAAUGGGUGUCAGCAGCGACGAUAACUAG